AAUAAAGAGUGCGCAUCGGCAAGAAUUUUCUGUUUCUCGAUCUCGAUCGCAUUUGCUUGUAAAUUCUUGGCGAACGCGCAGCCAAAACGUUUCCAACUCGAUUACAUAAGGCAAGAGAUGCAGAAAACGUUAAAAAAGGAGCUCAGCUUUUCGCUGGACACGCUGGAACGCUAUCGCGCCAAAUAUGGACGCAGUGCCUCAUUGGAUACAAAUGGCAAUGGAACACAGCUGGAAUCACACCCAUCACAGAUCUCUGACAUGGGCAUGGCUACAGUUAUGCACACGGUUUCACCUCCUCCCUCGCUUUUCAAGCCGCAGUCGCCUCCAAAGCUGACCAAGCUACAGGAGCUGCAACAGAAAAAGGAGGCAUAUAUGCGGCAACGUGAACAUGAGCGGGAAAUGGAGCAGCUGCUGAAGGCAGCCGACAGAGCCAGCAGCCAGGACAGAGCCAGAGCCAGCAAUAUCAACAACAGCACCAGCGCCAGCACCAGCUCCAACUCCAUAUCCCACACCACCACCACCACCACUUCCACCACUCCCACCACUCCCACCGCAACUUCAGCUAAGACCAGUGCCUCCUCCACGGUCGCCUCCUUGGCCCAGCAGACGAGCAAAACAGCUGCAGGUUACAGCAACUGGAACAACAAUCACACAACACUCAGCUCGCAGCCUUGGUGCGCGAUCAGUGAUCUUAUGUACUUCUGUGACAAAUACGAAUUCAAGACUCUAAGCACACGUGACCUGAAGACUCAUCAGGAGAUUGUGGCGGAGGUGCGUGCCCUGCUCUCCGGCAAGGCGCCGUUCGAUCAGCGCACUCGCUUCCCCGGCAAUAUUCACGAUCCCGAGAAUCUGUGGGUUUGCAUUGGUCGCUGUGCGAGUGUCGAAUAUCAUUUGCAGCGCAUCAUCAGCGUCUUCCGGAAGCCCCUUAAUCAGCUGACGCCGGACAAACAGCGAACAGUGCGUCAGAAUUUCCACCUGGCUGUAAGCGAGCUGCGUCUGGACAUAUCUGCACGCAUUAGCGAGGUACGACUGUACGAUAGGCUGGUAUUUGAGCGAGAGUUUCGACUAGAAUGGCAGGAGGAGGCCUAGCUAAGCUC